GAGAGAUCCGAGGCGUAGAGCGAGUUCUUUAAGCCAAGCUGCAGUAGUUUGCUAGCGGUUGCGCAUGUUUGUUUCGGCUAGUAGCCAUGGCUCGGUUCGCUACCCUGCUGCUUUUACCGGUUCUCAUUGAAUCGGUAUUAUCAAUUUCGUUCUUUUUACCGGUAAAUUCAAGGAAAUGUUUACGGGAAGAGAUCCACAAAGACGUGCUCGUCACGGGGGAGUAUGAAAUCAGCGACCAGUCCAACACAAAAACCAACCUGAAGAUCACAGACUCGUCGGGACACAUUCUAUACUCAAAGGAAAGUGCAACGAAAGGGAAGUUUGCUUUCACGACAGAGGAUUAUGACAUGUUUGAAGUGUGCUUUGAGAGCAAAUCGCCCAUGGGAACUGGGAGGAUCCCCGACCAGCUGCUUAAUCUGGACAUGAAGCACGGAGUGGAGGCCAAGAACUAUGAAGAGAUCGCCAAAGUGGAGAAGCUGAAGCCCCUGGAGGUGGAGCUAAGGCGACUGGAGGACCUAUCAGAGUCCAUCGUCAAUGACUUUGCCUACAUGAAGAGGAGGGAGGAGGAGAUGAGAGAUACCAACGAAUCCACCAACACACGCGUCCUGUACUUCAGCAUAUUCUCUAUGUGCUGUCUGAUUGGCCUGGCCACCUGGCAGGUCUUCUACCUGCGACGCUUCUUCAAGGCCAAGAAGCUGAUCGAGUAGAGAGAGGCAUCACCACUACACCCAGGAGGAGAAGCCAAUGCUACCCGAUCAACCAUCACCCUCAUCGGACUAGCUUCAGCAAAAACUAUGGCUUUGUCCGAAAUGGCACCCUAUAUAGUGAACUACUUUUGACCAGAGCCCCAUAGGCUGAAGUUUUUGCCGAAGGCCCGUAGACUCUGGUCAAAAGUAGUGCACUAUACAGGGAAUAACCAGGGCACCGUUUCGGACCUAUCCAAUAAUGACAAAACAAAAGGUGGAGCAGAACUCUCUACUAGUUUCGGUGGUGUGAGAGGGCACAAAGGCCUAUUCUCUGAAAACUAUAUACACCUGGGGCUCAUUCAGCAGAGUGAAAUAUUUGUUUGUUUUUUUAAAGCUAGAAAUGUAGAAUAUACACAGAUUUAUCUUCAAAGAGAGCGAGAAUGUUCCAUGUGUUAUUUACAUUUCUCAGAUUGUCCUUUAAUGUGUACAGUUUGAUUUGGAGUUAUGUUUUAUUUUGUUGGGAUGAAUGGUUGCCCCCUUUGAGAGAAUGUACAACAAUAUAAAGGGCCAUAGACAAAGUCUUGGCCAUGCCAAGCGAGCUAUAGUGUGCUGUACGUCGCCAAUGGCACCCUAUUCCCUAUAUAGUGCACUACUUUUGACCAGGUCCCAUAGGACUCUGGUCAAAGUAUUGCAAUAGGGUGCCAUUUGAGAUGUCCCUUUUAUAUUGUCCUUUUUAAGUGAAGCCUUCGAUGAACAGCAGGUGGAAUGUGGUAUAACUCAAAAGAGAGAAACUAUGGCAACCACUGAACUUGUGUGCUUUGUUGCUUAAUUAAUUUGAAUACAUGUUUUGGUAACAAAAUCUGACAGCGUCUUUUAGUUUGUUUUGAUUUUGUAAAAUGCUAUCGCAGGGCAGGUAUUUUAGGGGAGAGGGUUUCAUAAGUUAUCAGGGAAUGAAUGGUUGGUUGUCUUAAAUGGCACCCUAUUCCAUAUUAAAAGUGCAUUGGGCCUUGGUCAAAAGUAGUGCACUAUUUAAGGAAUAGGCUGUAAUUUUGAACGCAGAAAAAAUAUCAUUUUGAAAACUAGGUCAUUUCUAGCAGAACACUUGUUGCUAGUUCUUAAGUUUUUAUUUUAUCUUAAAGAUGUACAAAAGAUAACAGCCACACAUCUACAUUGCCAUCUGAAUGUGUUUUAAGCCAAGUAGUGGUCCCCUGUAUGAAUUCCUCUCCUGAGAACCCUUGAAUCUGCCUAUUAGAACCUGACUCACAAAUGCAUGUCAAACCUUAUUACUGAAAAAAUGGCAGACAUGUUAUUCUAUCAUCAACAUCAGGAUAGUAGUAUUGUACUGCCAUUUUACAUGCCAACUUUGCGUCGGUGGUAGUUUUGUAGUAACAUGGAAAAUAUCCUAACUCUUCCUUGGAUGUAUUCCAUUUGAGUAGGCUAGUGUAUUUUUUUUAUUUUUAUUGCAAUUUCAGGGGAAAUUAUUUGCUUCUUUAGCCUGGUCCCAGAUCUGUUUGUUUGACAACAGUGACAAUGGGAGUUGGCAAAGCAAGACAACACAAACAGAUCUGGGACCAGGCUAUUGCUUAUUGAUUUUUGGGAAUCAAUUUUAAAUUACAACACUUACAGCCAAGAUCCUAGCCUGAGUUGCCACUCUCUUUGGUCCAAUCAUGGCAACUCCUUGUCAGGUUUGGCGUGACAAGGACGGCAAUGGAGUUAGUGAGAGUACAAAAACUGAUCUGCGACCAGGCUUUCAAGAUCCAUCCAACAUUCGUUCGGAGAUAAUUAUGGGGUCUGAGUUACAUGAGGGUUUGGAGUUGGUUAAAAGAUAUUCCAACUAUUUUUUUGUCACUGUUAUUAAAGCUACUGCAAUAACCAAUUAUGUGGGGUACAUACAUUUAACAGUGAACAUUUGCUAUGUUUUUCAGUCAAUGAUUUCUAUGUUGAUUGAUAUCAAUUUGGAAAAGGUUUAUUUAGGCUUUUAUUCAAUAAAAAUAUUGGAUGGAUUUACAAAAAAAUGUUGCUUGAGAUUUUGUGAUGGGAUGACCAAAGGACAUUCACGCAGCGUUAUCACAGAACAAUGAGCCAAAUAUUUCACCGGAUGUAUAAAUGUGAAAAAUCCAAUUGGCGUUUCCACUCACUACCAAAUCUGGUGACGAGAGGAAGCCAAGUGUCCGGCAGUGGGUUUUGGCCGACAUUCUGCAUGUUCUCAUCGAUUAAACAUUUUAAUUCCAUAUAUCUUUCUGUUUCCAAAACUAAAAUAUGUAACGGUGGAGCGCAUUUUGUAGACUUCGCCAACGUUUCUACAAAGAGCGUUGUUUAGAAAGAGUGCAUGGGCGAAUUGAGUUACUGCACAAGCGCUUCACAGAGGAGUUCCCUAAGGCACCAACAGGAUCUCACUAGCUCCUGCUUGGCUGUAAAAAUCUUUGUCAUUAUGGCAUCUUUAUAAGUGGAUCAUAUAUAUAAUUUUAUAAAGGUUACACUAGUAUUGUCUACCUGUUACUGUCUACCUAAUAAAAUGAUUAUGAAUAAAUGAUGAAAUCUAUGAAAAUA